AUGUCGACCAGAAUGAAACUCACCAAUUACCGCAGGCUGGGAAGUGGUAUUGACACCUCAGCUUCCCGAACUCACGAGAGCUGCUCUAGGUCCCGUUUCCGAGGUUCUCUAGGUUUCCACCUUAUCGCAGCUACCGCUAGAUCACCACAAGCCUGCCGACUUCGAAUUGGCGAUGCAGCCGAGCGACGCCAUGGAAACCACGUGUCCGAAUAUGUUGCCUGGUGCGCAUUUGGCCCUGGAAUCGUUGUCGAGAUGCGCUUGAUCAAGCGGAAUUUGGACUAUGACCGCGGGGUCCAGCCCAAGCGACAGCGCGAGAUGAAAUAUGACGUGAUGGGGGAGAAUAAAAUUGCAGUCGGAGAGUGA